UUUUAUAUCACAUGAUGCGGUGCGUCCAGCGUUGGGUUCCCAGCUAGGCCUAAUACGCUAAUCUCCAGUCCACAGUCGGUCGGUCGUCGUGUGUUCAGCCGUCUCUCCUCUGUCGCCUCGCCCUCCUGAUUCCAUUGAAUCUCCUCUAAAAAGCUUCAAGCUUUCUCUGCUUCAAAGUUCUAUCCCAGUCAUUCUCUCUUACCCCUUCAUUGAACUCCCUUUUUUAGCCACCACAGCGUGCUGCCGGCGCCGUUGAUGGACUACACUCCUCCUCCGUUUGAGGACGGCUUCACUGCCGAGAAGCUCUUCUGCCAGGGUUACUCCUACACCUAUGACGACGUCAUUUUCCUCCCUCACUACAUUGACUUCCCAACUGACGCUGUCCAGCUGGCCACCAGAGUCAGUCGUAAUGUGCCUCUGAAUAUCCCCUGUGUCGCUUCUCCGAUGGACACCGUCUCCGAAGCUCACAUGGCCGUCGCUAUGGCUGCCCUUGGUGGUAUCGCUUUUAUCCACUCCAAUACGACGCCGUCUGAUCAGGCUGCCAUGAUACGCUCAGCUAAGUCGCGUCGAGUGCCGAUUCUCUCCAAUCCUGUCUUCAAACCACCCUCUGGGAGGAUUGAGUCGCUUGAUGAUUUUGGCGACUCACCGUAUGUUUUGGUUACUGAGUUGGGUACUUCGGCAUCAAUGCUUUUGGGUUAUGUGUCGAAGUUGGACUGGCAGAAACUAAACGAUAAGGAGGUGAAGAUAUACGAUUAUAUGGUGAACUCGUCGGAUUCAGUGCCGUCGAGCUCUGAUUUGGGACAAAUCCAUGCGUUUUUGGAAAAGAAGAAGUCAAAUUUUGUGCCUUUAGUGAACAACGAUGAGGUGUUGGAUUUGGUGACGAAGGAGGAUGUUGAAAGGCUUAAAGGGUAUCCCAAACUGGCAGCGGGUUCGUUGGGGGUGGAUGGGAAGUGGUUGGUCGGUGCGUCGAUUGGCACAAGGGAGAGUGACAAAGAAAGAUUGGAAUACUUACUAAAGGCUGGGGUGAACGUAGUAGUCUUGGAUAGUUCUCAAGGGAACUCUAUCUAUCAGUUGGAGAUGAUAAAAUACAUCAAAAAUAUGUAUCCAGAGUUGGAUGUUAUAGGUGGGAAUGUCGUUACUAUGUACCAAGCUGACAAUUUGAUUCAAGCUGGCGUUGACGGUUUGCGAGUUGGUAUGGGGUCUGGAUCUAUAUGUACUACCCAAGAGGUUUGUGCAGUGGGGCGAGGACAGGCAACAGCGGUUUACAAGGUCUCAUCUAUUGCUUAUAAAAGUGGUGUUCCUGUUAUUGCUGAUGGCGGCAUCUCAAACUCUGGUCAUGUUAUUAAGGCCUUAACGCUUGGAGCUUCUACUGUGAUGAUGGGAAGCUUCCUGGCUGGGAGCACUGAAGCUCCUGGUGCUUACGUGCAUCAGCAGAAUGGUCAACGUGUAAAGAAGUAUCGAGGAAUGGGUUCUCUAGAAGCUAUGACUAAAGGUAGUGAUGCAAGAUACUUGGGUGAUACUGCGAAGCUAAAAAUUGCUCAGGGGGUUGUUGGAGCAGUUAAAGACAAGGGUUCUGUAUUGAAUUUCAUACCAUACACCCUACAAGCUGUUAAGCAAGGGUUCCAAGAUCUUGGUGCCUCUUCUCUGCAGGCUGCUCAUGAUCUUCUAAGAUCUAAGGUGCUAAGGCUAGAGGUCCGAACUGGAGCAGCACAGGCGGAAGGUGGAGUUCAUGGGUUGGUUUCUUUUGAAAAGAAGUAUUUUUGAGGGGUUUGAAACCAUGUCGCUUUCUGUGAAGGCUGUGGAUGAAAUCAUUGUUACAAAAAUGAUUGUAUGAAUAGAGAAAUUUGGAGAGGGAAGGUAUUGGACUUGCAAAGGAAAAGAUUCCACCCUCAUUUUAUGAAUAAGAACGCUUUCCAUUAUAUUUUAGAUUGUCUCAUUGAGUCAUAAGCUCAGUGUUGCCAAUUUAAUAUUUGAACAUUGAUUUAAUGUUUUCAGAAAAUUCGUUGCAUUUGGUGGGAAUGUGUUGUUGAAAUGGCUGCCAGAGAUAGUGUAUUGUUUUCUUGAAUUUUUACUUUACUGAAGUCGUGAAGAUAACAGGCAAUUCAGUUGUUUGGCAAGAGAUAGUGUAUUGUUCUCUUGAAUUUUUACUUCAGUAGAAGUCGUGAAGACAACAGGCAAUUCAGUUGUUUGGUUA